AUGGCUUUAAAUAAUAAUUUGAAAGUACUAGUACUGACGUACAAAAUAUCCUUAGGACUGGCAUCAGCACUACUAUACUUCCACGAAGAGCGGGAGAAUAGUGUUGUCCACAGAGAUAUCAAAUCAAGCAAUGUCCUACUAGAUUCCAGUUUCACUGCAAAGCUCAGCGACUUCGGAUUAGCACGGCUCGCAAAGCACGAACUCAACUCGAAAAGACCCAAGUUAGUAGGAACGUUUGGAUACAUGGCUCCCGAGUACAUAAGCAGCGGUCGGGCGAGCAAAGAGUCAGACAUAUUCAGCUAUGGAGUUGUUUUACUUGAGAUUGUGAGUGGAAAAAAGUGUUGUGAUCAUUCAGGAAAGGGGCUGAUAGAGUUGGUUUGGGAUGCUUAUGGAAGAGGAGAGUUAGUUAAAGCAAUAUUGGAUAAAAAACUUGGAGUGGAAUUUGUGGAGGCAAGAGAAGUUGAGCGUUUGAGUAUGGUUGGACUGUGGUGUGUUCAUCCUGAUUCAACUCAAAGGCCAUCCAUUAAGCAAGUGAUUCAAGUUCUUAGUUUUCAAGAGGCGAUGCCUAAUUUACCACUGGAAAUGCCUCUUCCAACUUUUAAUCAUGCUUCCAGGAUUUAUAAACUCAACGUUGCAUAUCCAGAGGAAAAUUGGAGCAUGACUUGCAGUUUAAAGCCUUUAAGAACAUAGGAAACGUAGGAAUUUGUAACAUUAGUAUUGUGUAUUUUAUUCUUUCAACUAAUUUCAUAUCUACUGCACGUUAAUAAUAUUAGACUGUACAAAUAAAUAUUACUAGAAAUAAAAUGAAUAUUAAAAGAAA